GACAAAUCACAUCCAGAGUCUUCUUUUUACCUCUUGAUUCUUUUGGUCUAACAUGACCACACGCACGGGCAGGCGGCGUGGCUUCCUGCUCUGGGCCGGAUGAGGUGACUCAGCUACAGAUGAAAUCCGGAAGUUGCCUCCUGUGUGGUUGAGGACUGAUCGUGUAAAUGUUCCAGCUGGAGACAAAUCAGAGCAGCAGACUGAGGCUGUGAGGAGGAACCCGUGGAUGGUGACAGGGGGUCUGCUGUAAUCCAGGGAGGGGGGUCGUCGCUGCAUCAUGCGGGGUCACAGGAGACAGCCCAGUAUUGAGCUGCUGGAAUUCAUCGGAGUGGUCAAGGAGAAUGGAAAUGAACUUCCUCCAGUGAUCACACCGCUGUCUUAUGACUACGUCCUGGUCGCCAAAUCGGUCGAUGACCAAGAGCGAGAGGUCUUCAAGAAACAGACGGAGUACAUAAACGGGCUGAAGAAGAAGAACUUCAAAGUGACUAAAAUUAUAGACGACGAUCUUGUCUUCUAUGGGAUCCAGGCUCCUAAAGAAGUCUUUGAGAAGUACAGGUAUCUGCUCAAAGUGUCCGACGCCUGUAACUGGAGCUCAGACCAGAACUCGGUCACUCUCAGCACCAGGAUAAGGAUCGUCCACUUCAUCUUAAACCACACGCUGAUCCGCUCAGGAGAGGGGUUACGGGAUCUUAUGAAGGCGAAGGUUUUUGAGGCAAAGUUCUGUUUACAUGAGAAAAGGAAACAGAAAGAGCUGAAGGAGAACUGGGCACGAUGGACAGCCUGUCUCCAAGGGCAACCCAUAACUGCUGUCAGGAACUACUUUGGGGAGAAGGUCGCCCUGUACUUCCUGUGGUUGGGAUGGUAUACAUAUCUUCUCAUCCCCCCUGCUCUGAUUGGGAUCCUUGUCUUUCUCUACGGCCUCAGUUAUUUCAACACCUCCCCACUCAUAAACGAGGUCUGUCACUCUGACACAGUCAUGUGUCCACUUUGUGACCAGGGCUGCAAGGCGUGGCGGCUCUCAGACACCUGCACAUACGCCAAGCUGAGUUUACUGUUUGACAACAACGGCACGGUGAUCUUUGCUAUGUUCAUGGCAAUAUGGACGACGCUGUUUUUAGAGUUCUGGAAGAGACAUCGAGCUUCUUAUGUCUGUGAGUGGAAGGUGUCUGAAUGGUCUGAGGAAGAGGAGGAGCUGAUCCUGGAAAUUGUGAAUAAUGCCGACUGUGAACCGAAACCUUUCAGGCACUCCUACAUUCACAGCACUCUGGUUCUGAUCUGCGUAACACUCAUGAUACUGGUGAUCAUCGGCCUGACGCAUGUCUUGGUGGUGCUCAGGGUCAUAGUUGCAAGGUUUUUGGCGGAGGGACCAUGGGAAUUUCUGAACAACAACUCCAACAUCGGAGCCAUGAUGGCGGGGGCUGUCUUUCAUUUCCUCAUCAUCACCGUCAUGUCGCGGGUCAACAGGAUUGUGGCCUUGAAGCUUUGUGAAAUAGAGAAAACCAGGUCAUUCGCCGCCACAGAGAGGAGUUUCACAGUGAAGAUGUUCACCUUCCAGUUCUUCACCUAUUUCUCCUCCCUCUUCUAUGUGGCCUUUGUUCUCGGCAGGAUUAAUGGCCACCCAGGUGAAUAUGUACGAAUUGCAGGACUAUGGAGGCUUGAGGAAUGUCACCCCAGUGGGUGUCUCACAGACCUGUUCAUUCAAAUGACUAUUAUAAUGACUCUGAAGCAAGUUCUGAGCAAUGUGAUUGAGUACGCAAGCCCCUGGCUCAGCAGGUACAUGAAGAGGAAAAGAUCCAAAAAGCUGCAGAGGAAAUGUGCCCACUGCUACCUGAGAGACGAGUCCGACGUCAGCGACGGAGCUGAGCUAUGCGAGAACUGCAAGCUCAGAGACUGGCACAAAAACUACAGGCUCACCGACGUGAACUCUUUCAGCCUGUUCAACGAGUUUUUAGAGAUGGUGAUCCAGUUUAGCUUCACCACCAUAUUUGUGGCUGCGUUUCCUCUCGCUCCUCUGCUGGCUCUCAUUAAUAACAUCAUCGAGAUCCGUUUGGAUGCCAUUAAAAUGGUCACUCUGGAGCGCAGGAUGGUUCCCAAGAAAACCAAUGACAUCGGCGUGUGGAUGCCCAUACUGGAGGUCAUUGGUGUCCUAGCUGUCAUUGCAAACGGCCUGGUAAUCGGGGUUUCAUCCGAUUUUAUCCCUCGACUUGUGUACCGUUACCGCUACGGCCCAUGUGUUAACGGCACAGCAGCAGAUAUGGACUGCAUGGUUGGCUACAUCAACAAUACCCUUUCCGUUGCGUCAAAAGUGGAACAGAUGUUCGAUUCUGAAGGACAGAACGUUACUUCAUGCAGCUACAAAGACUACAGAGAUGGUGAAUACAACUUUACCCCACAGUUUUGGCUGAUUUUAGCCAUUCGCUUUGCAUUUGUCAUCCUCUUUGAGCAUGUUCUUGUCAUAUGCAAAUUCAUCGCAGCCUGGUUUGUGCCGUCUGCUCCCAUGCAAGUGAAGAACCAUAAACUGUUUGAUAAACUUUACAGGCUAAAAGAGGAGCUCAGGACGUUUGAAGCGUGACAACAUUCAGACACUUUAGUGGGACAUAAUCUGAUCCUGAACACUGAGUGUAGCCGUGUGCUUUUUGCGUAUAAAAGCUGUGGCAGCACUGGGACAGUUCAAAGAUUCAUCUUCCUGAAGAGAUCAGACGAAGGGUCGUGGCUCCCUGUUAUUGUCUGCUGUCAGAUGUAAGCUGCCUAUAAUUACAUCUGUAAGAAAUGGACUUAAAAAAAGCCUUUUUUUUUGUUCUUGGGCAAAACGUGUAGAGUAACUGAUACUACUGGUUAUGCCUUGUCUGACAUCUGCUCUUAUUUUAACCUGAGAAAGCACUGAGUGCUUAGUGUUGGAUCUGUGUUUGUGAGCCAUAUCUAAGUGUUUUCACUGAAAGCUGGAAGGUUAUUUUCAACUGCUCCUACGAACAGACUGCUGACUGUGCUAUUAUCAUACUGCCUUACAUUGUAAAACAAAGCGCUGUGAUGCUUAUUGCUUUUAUUUCAUUCAGAUAAAAUAUGAUGGUGUUUUGUAAAUGAGAAUGUUUUGCAUUAUUUUAUAAUAUUAUUAAAAGAGGAACUAUUUGUCCUUAUGAGCUGUCUUUUCAAUUUAA